AUGGAGGGACCGUUUUCCCUGGAUCUUAUCCCUGUAGAUGGUGCCUCCGGGGAUGAAUCCAUGUGGGAAGGGUCUCUCCCGGAGGAGGGAUCCAUCCCCAUUCCCGUUCCCAUUCCCAUUCCCAUUCCCAGUUUAGGGGCCGUGUCCGAGGUGUCGGCGGCCGGAGUGAUCGGCACCGGGACCCACAACACCGGGAUCGGCCACGGCAUCCUGCCCACCCAGGUCGUGGCCCUCACCCUGCUCUUGGCCUCGGGAGAGAUCCUGGAAUGCUCGGAGGCGGCCAAUCCCGAGGUUUUCCAGGCGGCCCGGCUGCACUUGGGAUGCCUGGGAAUCGUCCUGAGCGUCACCUUCCAGUGCGUCCCGGAAUUCCGGCUGCGCGAGGUGGCCUUUCCGUCCACCCUGCCCCAGGUUCUGGAGCAGCUGGAGGAGCACCUGGAGCGUUCCCAAUAUUUCCGCUUCCUGUGGUUCCCGCACAGCGACCACGUCCGGAUCAUCUACCAGGAUCCCACGGAUCGGCCUCCCUGCUCCUCCUCCAGCUGGAUUUGGGAUUACGCCGUGGGAUAUUACCUGCUGGAAUUCCUGCUCUGGAUCAGCACCUUCAUUCCCGCUCUGGUUCCUUGGAUCAACCGCUGCUUUUUCCGGCUCCUCUUCAGCUCCCGGGUGGAAAAGGUCGCCCGGAGCCACCGGAUCUUCAACUACGAGUGUCGCUUCCGGCAGCACGUCCAGGACUGGGCCAUUCCCAUUGGGAAGACUCGGGAAGCGCUGCUGGAGCUGCGGGAGGCCCUGGAUGCCGUUCCCGGCCUGCGGGCCCACUUCCCGGUGGAAGUUCGCUUUUCCAAGGGGGAUGAGGUGUGGCUGAGCCCCUGCUUCCGGAGGGAUUCCGCCUUCAUCAACGUCAUCCUCUACCGGCCCUACGGGAAGGCCGUUCCCAUCCGGGAAUACUGGAGCACCUACGAGCGGAUCAUGCGGAAACACGACGGGAGACCCCACUGGGCCAAGGCCCACAGCUGCACCCGGAAGGAGCUGGAGAAGAUGUUCCCGGCAUUCCCGAAGUUCUGCUCCGUCCGGGAAAAGCUGGAUCCCACCGGCAUCUUCCUCAACUCCUACCUGGAAAAGGUGUUCUACUGA